AUGUCUUGUAAUAAUGGAAUGUCUUUUUUCCCUUCAAAUUUCAUGAUCCAAACCUCUUACGAAGAAGACGAUCAUCCUCAUCAUCAAUCUCCAUCUCUUGCACCUCUCCUUCCUUCUUGCACCUCUCUACCUCAAGAUCUCCACGGGUUUGCUUCGUUUCUAGGUAAGAGAUCUCCGAUAGAAGGGUGUUGUGAUUUAGAACCAGGGAAUAACAUGAAUGGAGAAGAUGAUUAUUCAGAUGAUGGGUCUCAAAUGGGAGAGAAGAAGAGGAGAUUGAACAUGGAACAAGUGAAGACAUUGGAGAAGAAUUUUGAGCUUGGAAACAAACUUGAACCAGAGAGGAAAAUGCAGUUAGCUCGUGCUUUGGGUUUGCAACCAAGACAGAUUGCGAUUUGGUUUCAGAACAGAAGAGCUCGUUGGAAAACAAAGCAGCUCGAGAAAGAUUACGAUACUCUCAAGAAACAGUUUGAUGCACUUAAAACUGAAAAUGAUCUUCUUCAAACUCACAAUCACAAGCUCCAAGCUGAGAUAAUGGGAUUAAAAAACAGAGAACAAACAGAAUCAAUAAAUCUGAACAAAGAAACUGAAGGAUCUUGUAGUAACAGAAGUGAUAACAGUUCAGAUAGACUUGAUAUCACAACUGCUCCACCAUCAAACGACAGUACAUUAACCGGAAGCCACCAGCCGCCGCCGCAAACAAUCGGUCGACAUUUCUUUCCACCGUCGCCAGCCGCCGCAACGACCACGACCACGACCAUGCAGUUCUUUCAUAACUCAUCUACUGGACAAAGUAUGGUUAAAGAAGAGAACAGUAUCAGCAACAUGUUAUGUGCAAUGGAUGACCAAUCUGGUUUUUGGCCAUGGCUUGAUCAGCAACAGUACAAUUGA